CCCAGCUCACUGCUGAUGAAGCUUCCAGAGUCACACCACAAAUACUCCUCAGUAGUCUGUAGGAAGGCCUACCCACCCUACAAAUAGAUAGAGCAUAGACACAGGCUGACAGAGAGCUCAAGAAUCAAAGCUCAAAGCUGCAGAGGCUUCCAAUCAUUUCUUCGUUCCGGUUUGGCUGGGUGAUCGAUCCUGCCGUCUUCGUGUCAGUCCCAAGACGCCGAGAUGUACCUGGUGAAAGACAUUAGCGGCGCCAUCGGCCUGAUGGCGGUGGCGCUGGUGCUCCUGGGCACCUGGCCUGUUGUCCUGGCCGUGCUGGAGCGCCGGGGCCGGCUGCCGCAGCACACCUUCCUGGACUUCUCCGUCACCAACUUCCUCGCCGCCGUGCUCAUCGCCCUCACCUUCGGCCAAAUCGGCCCCGACACGCCGGAGACGCCCAACUUCCUCACCCAGCUCACUCAGAAUAACUGGCCGUCAGUCUUGUUCGCGACGGCCGGCGGCGUCACCCUCAGCCUCGGCACGCUGGCCACGCAGUACGGCUGGGCGUUCGUCGGCCUUUCGGUCACCGAGGUCAUGGCAUCGAGCCUGAAGGUCGUCAUAGGGACAACUCUGAACUACUUUCUCGACGGUCGGAUCAACAAGGCAGAGGUCCUGUUCCCCGGUGUCGGGUGCUUUCUGAUCGCGGCGAUCCUCGGGUCACUUGUCCACUCUUCCAAUGCUGCCGACAACGAGGAGAAGCUGGCUAAGUCCCUGGCCAAUUACAGCAAAAACACUAGGAACAGUACAUAUGAGGAUCUCACGAAACAACUCCUUGAUGAGGAAGAGAGACCAAAGGACCUUGAAGAAGCAAAGGUGGAUGCACCAGAGGAUACACAGAAACUGGAGAAAGUAGAGGCCGGAACUGCAGAGUUCCUGGUUGAUCUCGAGGAGAAGAGGUCAAUCAAAGUGCUGGGGUCCCACACGCUGCUGGGCCUCGGCAUCGUCGUCUUCGCGGGCGUCUUCUACGCCCUCUUCACGCCGGCGUUCAACCUGGCCACCAACGACCAGUGGCACACGCUCCCCGCCGGCGUGCCUCACCUGGUCGUGUACACGGCCUUCUUCUACUUCUCCCUCGCCUGCUUCGCCGCCAGUGUCGGGCUCAACGUGUGGUUCCUCUACCGCCCCAUGGUCGGCGUGCCGAGGUCCACGGUGGCGGCCUACCUCCGCGACGGCGAGGGCCGGUGGCUGGCGCUGCUGGCGGGGAUGGUGUGCGGGCUCGGGAACGCCUUCACGUUCAUGGCCGGGCAGGCGGCCGGGUACGCGGCGGCGGACUCCGUGCAGGCGCUGCCGCUGGUGAGCACCUUCUGGGGCGUCGUGCUGUUCGGCGAGUACCGGCGGUCGUCGCGCCGGACCUACACGCUGCUGGCGAGCAUGCUGCUCACGUUCGCCGUCGCCAUGGCGGUGCUCAUGGCCUCCUCCAACCACCGGAGGCCGCUCUGACCGCCGCACGCCCGCAGUUGCCUGCCUGGUGGAAGAUUUCAGAUGCUCUGUUCGUGUACGAUGCGCUGCUCUGCUUCGGAAAGCUCGGUCAUCGGAUGGAUGUGUGAUGAGGAUAAUGGGGAUAGUGGCGGGCCCCACCACUUUGGUUGAGUAAGGAGCUGACGUGGAGCUAAAUGGCUAGGGCCACCGCCACGUAAAUGUAACUGUGCAAGGAUGCUUGGUGCAUUAGGACAAUCUUGUAUUUCCUUUGUGCUAUUGCAAUAAAUAGAUUCACUGGCACCAGCCAAUAGUAUUUUUCUCUCACACCAAACCAGCACCUGUUACCAGAACCAGCCAACCAGCAGUACUUUUCUCUCACAACAAAUCAGCAUCAGCCACUAGUCACAGCCA